AGCUAGCAGGGGUCAUUUAUAGAUAGACCGAAAAAGUGAAAGAAGCAAGGGUCAUUUUAAGAAGACUACACAGCUAAUGAUGACCACUGAGGAACUGGUACAACUAUGAACAUCGCAUAUCCUGGGUGUAAAUCAGUUAACAUGUAUCCGCUUUCUGUAAGGCCAACACAUAACAACCAUGCAGGACAGAAUUAUGUGUCCAGUCAGCCAUACUUGAACUAUGUGGCUUAUCAUCAUGUACCAACCAUGGAUAACCAAGUGCAGUCCUGUGGAGUCUGGGGAUCACAGUAUGGGUCACCUCGGGAGGACUGGAGUACUUACUCUGCUUCACCAUCUAACGGAAAUGCCAUACAGACCUCUGACUUAUCACCAAGCCAAUUUCCUUACAAUUCUCCUGGCUAUAAUUCUCCACAUCCUUCUGGACUUGGGAUUAUGCAUACAGCAGAAGGAAAUCUUUCAGCUUCACACUCUCCCAGUGGUCAAAGUCAAAAUUCUUAUGACUGGAUGAGAAAAACAGUACAAUCUACAUCUACAGGUAAAACAAGGACAAAGGAAAAAUAUCGGGUUGUUUACACUGACCAUCAGCGACUGGAGCUCGAGAAAGAAUUUCAUUAUAGUAGAUAUAUUACCAUAAGAAGAAAAAGUGAGCUUGCUGCUAACUUAUGCCUUUCUGAGAGACAGGUAAAAAUUUGGUUCCAGAACCGAAGAGCGAAGGAAAGAAAGCUUUUCAAAAAGAAAAUGAAUCAGUUCGAGGGAGCAGGCUCUUUGCAGAGUGAUUCCAGUUCAGCCAGUCCCAACCCGCACUGUGACUCUAUGGUACAAGGGGAAAUGACAAGCUCUUUAUACCAACAACCACAACUUGCACUCAAUGGCCUGCAGCCUGAAGACAUCAUACAACAAGUUAUUGUGUAAAGUGGAAGCUUGCACACAGCCAUUUAUAACUAUCCUGAACUAAUUAUAAGACAAUAAGGAUUUCCUUUGCUGUCUUCAGGACUCUGCAAACUGUUAUCCUCUCUAACAGAGGUAGAGUUUAGCAGAAAUGGCGACUACACAUAAAGAAAGUGCAACCUGCCAUGCAAGUAGAAACUCUACAGCAUAAACUGAAGGAUGAAGGCAGUGUUAAGCUUUUUCUAACCUACCAGGGAGUUUCAAGAUAAAAUGACUUGU